CCUACUUACAUGUACCUGGGCGCCGUGAGUCGCGUAAAAGAGGUUAGGAGACAUACUACCUACGAAGCCAGUGGUAGACUGUAGUUAGGGGGAUUUCUGACAUCGUCACGUCAUCGGCCAGCCCAGCCAGCUCAGCUGCGCACUCAACUUACCUCAAGAUGUACACAACUCCAUUUACCCGCCUUACCAUUCUUUUCAACAACGAUUGUCGCGCAACCUCUUCUCCGUCAAAGGUAUCAACACUAGCUGCAUACAGAUCGUGUACAAGCAGUCCGGGAGAAGAGUGAUGAAUAUCAAUAGGCAACCCACCAACAUCUUCACUAUACACAUGACCUGAGCCUUAAUCGCCGACAAUCCUCUGCCCUGGAAUUCCACAUAUUUCGGCCCCAACGCUUUUAUGCUCGUCUAACCGCCGAAAAAAAAAACGAAAGAGCGUCCCGAACACCAUUAGGUGUCCGCUUUAUCCUACUCCAUGAGCUCGUCAUCCUCGAGGUCCGUCAGGAGUGUGAUCACGCCUAGCCCUAUAGCCACUUCAUCAACUAGCAAUAAACCCGACGCCGAAUCGACAGCCCAGGGCGCCAUACAACGACACCAUAAUGUGGACGGCGAUGCUAUAGACGAGCAAUCUCCUCUCUUGUCUCCUCAUGGAGAGGAACAAGCGCCUUUCAUAACACCACCCGCUGACAGCCAACACCACCACCAACAAGACGACCAUCCCCACGAAACAAAGAGCGUCUGGUAUCUGAUUGCACUGACAAUAUGCUUGGGAGGUCUUCAAGUCGCUUGGGCUGUCGAGUUGUCCAACGGCACGCCCUACCUUCUGUCUCUCGGGUUGAGUAAAUCACUUAUGGCGCUUGUUUGGAUCGCUGGUCCCGUCACUGGUACACUCGUCCAACCCUACGUCGGCAUGUUAAGUGACAACUGCCGCGUAUCUUGGGGAAGACGCAAACCAUUUGUCCUGGGCGGCGCCGCCGCCACGUCGCUUGCGUACAUGUUUCUCGCCUGGAUAAGGGAAAUCGUCGGAGGUUUUCUCGGCUUGUUUGGUGCAGAUCCUCAGUCUGCCGGUGUGAAGACUACUAUUAUCAUCAUCGCUGUCAUUUGGAUAUAUGUCCUUGAUGUCGCGGUUAACACAGUUCAAGCCUCAAUUCGAGCUUUCAUCGUCGAUUGUGCACCAUCACACCAACAAGAAGCUGCAAAUUCGAUGGCUAGCAGAGUUGUUGGACUUGGUAACGUCAUUGGUUAUAUCGCUGGCGGCAUAAAUCUGCCUAGGUAUGUCUGGUUUUUUGGGUCUACCCAGUUCAAGGAUCUUUGCGCUAUCGCCAGUAUAGCGUUAUGCUCUACCGUCCUAUUCAGUACGACAGUUAUCCGAGAGCGAAAUCCACGACUCGACGGACGACCGUCCGAAGGCCGACUUGGGUUGCUUUCUUUCUUUGUGAAGAUCUUUGCUGCGAUCAAAAGACUGCCGCCACAAAUUGCAAAAGUGUGUGUUGUGCAAUUCUUCGCCUGGGUUGGCUUCUUUCCGAUGCUCUUUUACACUUCUUCGUACAUUGGCGAUAUCUAUGUCCAACCUUAUCUUGAAGAGAACCCUCAUAUGACCCCUGCAGAGUUGGAUGAGCUAUACGAAAGAGCAACGCGCAUGGGCACACAUGCACUACUAAUAUUUGCUAUUACCAGCCUCGUAACAAAUGUGGUGCUCCCAUUCUUCAUCGACCCCACUUACGACACUGCCAGCAAGCCUCCAGGUCACGACCAUGAAUUGGAUGCUGAUGAGGCCUCGACCGUCAGCAAGUGGCUGCAGCAUCUUGUUAUUCCUGGAUUCACGCUUCGCCGAGCAUGGAUGUUUUCACAUAUUCUGUUUGCAGUAUCAAUGUUUUCGACACUCGUUGCUCGGUCGAUUGAGGCUGCCACGGCCUUAAUUGGGCUCAUUGGGAUCACAUGGGCCUUGACACUCUGGGCUCCGUGGGCAAUCAUUAGUGCUGAAAUCAGUCACCGUCAAGUCAUGUAUCAGGCGGCGCGACAGCAGCUGAGACAUAUUACACACGCUGCCAACGACACUCCCUCUAGUCCCUUAGUUAAUAAUGGACGGCAAUCAUCGGAGAAUGAGCGAGAGCCGGAUCAAGCUGGAGUCAUUCUCGGCAUUCACAACAUGGCCAUUGCUUCGCCACAGAUGAUCGCGACUCUAGGGUCAAGUAUCAUUUUCCGAUUUUUCCAGAAGCCGAGAGGUGUCCCUGGGGAUCACAGCUAUUCUAUUGUCCUAGCCAGUGGAGGUGUGUUUGUACUAUUCGCAGCAUACCUUGUCCAUAAGAUUGAAGACAAUGCAUCUCCUCUACCGGAGAACGCCGCUAUAUACGCAACAGAAGAAGGUGAGCCCAUACCAUCUAGGAAACACAGCGUCGAAACGUCAAGGGCGAGUUUAGAACAAGCGACCAUAGCCAGAAGCAGCAGUUUCGGUGGAGGGCUCGAAUAUUGAGGUUAUUGACAUGUAUAGCUUUCAUUUGAAGACAUGCUGGAAGUUAUCUACAGGCGUGGACUUGAACGAAACUAUUGACGCGGCUUACAUUCAUUAUGUCAGGGUCUACAGCCGAUACUUAUGAAAGCUGUCAAACGAUUAUGACUGUAGAUGACAGACUGAAUGUGAAUACAUUGUUUAGUCCUAAGGCAUACGUUAAAUGAAACGGCCAUUCCAUGCACUCAUUAGCUUAAGAACUACUCAUCGAUUACUAUAUAUUAGUGCCAGGCC